CUACCGCAGAAGAUAUAAAUAAUAUUCGCACAGUUUGUUAGCCAAAAAAAGGUGGCCGAAUUCAUGUAGCAUCCGCAAUACACUUUCUUCCCGCGACCCAGCAACCGCAACGGUUGUGUGGUUAAAGUUCCGGCUAGACAACCGAGCCCUUCUCUACUCCUUCUUCCUGUGAUCCGUGUGUAUCCGUGUGCACUUGUACCAACAAUCCACGAUGAGCUUUCUGGGCCACGAUAGAUAAAAAGUGAUUGAAACGACUGAAAAUUGACGGUGCGUACCAUCGUCGCCAACGCAGCAACGCGGGCACGCUUGUGUCCCAUAUAUGCAUUAAGCCAGAUACGAGUACAACGCAACGAUGGACGCCAAAAUAGAGCAUGUAUCGGUGAUUCUACCCGUCAGCAAUGAUCCGGUAAUCGUUGGAAAUAUUAGCUCUAGGAAAAGCUUGAAACGACAUUGGAACCAGUUAUCCCGGUUCCAAAAGAAUUUAGCUUGUAUCCUACUGGCCGGAAUGUGCAUUUUCUACGUUAUAUUUUUUGUGCUACCAUUCAACGAUCCGUCCCGCAGCUCCGAUGCGAUUGAUCCGAUGGAGCACAUCCAGAUAGCACCAUUUAAGGAAAGGCACGAGCGAUUUGCAGCUUCCAUGGUAAAAGAGAUUAAGCUUACCGAUAGUUUAGCAAACCCUCCGACGGAGGAAGCACUUGCCAAACCGGUCGCUCAGCAACCGGAAGUCAAUCAGCAGCUCGAAAUUGUGCACAACGAACCGAAAGAGAUCGUCGACAACGAAGAGAACGUGCUGGAGGAAAAUCGACGCAUGCCGUUUGCUGGUGCGAAAGAUUUUAAGGGUCCAACAAACGAUCGGCAAAGGGCCGUAGUGGAAGCGGUACAACAUUCUUGGAAGGGCUACAAAGAAUACGCCUGGGGUCAUGAUAAUCUGAAACCCAUUUCGAUGGGUUAUUCCGACUGGUUCGGGCUCGGUCUAACGCUGGUAGAUUCGCUCGACACACUCUACAUUAUGGAUCUGCAGGACGAGUUUGAUGAGGCGCGCAGCUGGAUCGAGAAAUACUUAAAGUUUGACGUUAAUCGUGAGGUUAAUCUUUUCGAAGUGACGAUCCGUGUUGUGGGUGGGCUACUGAGUGCCUAUCAUCUGAGCGGUGAUCGCAUGUUCUUGGACAAGGCGGUCGAUCUGGGAAAUCGUUUGCUGCCAUGCUUUGAUUCACCGUCGGGAAUACCAUUUUCGGAUGUGAACAUCGGAUCGUUGGCUGCACACGCACCCAAAUGGUCACCGGACAGUUCAACGAGCGAGGUGACGACAAUUCAGCUUGAAUUCCGUGACCUGUCGCGCAGCUCGCAGAAUCCCGUCUUCGAAAAGGUAGCGUCCAGGGUAAACCUUAAAAUACAUGAACUGGACAAAAAUGAAGGAUUAGUACCGAUCUUCAUCAAUGCUAAUACGGGACAGUUUCGUAACUUCGCUACCAUUUCACUUGGAGCGCGAGCCGAUUCUUAUUACGAGUAUUUGCUCAAGCAGUGGCUUCAGACGGGCAAAAAGGCUGAAGAUUAUCUUAUCGAGGACUAUCAGCAAUCUAUGCGCGGUGUCCUGAACCAACUGGUACGCACGACUCCCAACGAAAAACACGUCUAUAUUGGUGAGCUGCUGAAUGGGAAAGAUUUCAAACCAAAGAUGGAUCAUCUCACGUGCUACCUGCCCGGUACGCUACUGCUCGGCUACAAGAAUGGCAUGCCGAAGACGCACUUGCGGUUGGCUACCGAUCUGCUAGAAACAUGCUACCAAACGUAUAUGAAGCAACCCACACAGCUCGCGCCCGAAAUAUCGUACUUUAACGUCAACGGAGAAUCUGAAACGGAUAUUUACGUAAAGACAAACGAUGCGCACAAUCUGCUGCGGCCGGAAUUCAUCGAAAGCCUUUACUACUUCUACGCCAUAACGGGAAACCGUACGUACCAGGACAUGGGCUGGACGAUCUUUGAAGCGUUCAAUCGCUACACGAAGGUAAAGAACGGCUAUACCUCGAUCGGUAAUGUGAAAAAUCCGCUCAAUACGCGGCCCCGCGAUAUGAUGGAAAGCUUCUGGCUUGGGGAAACGCUCAAGUACUUUUAUCUAUUGUUCAGCGACGACCGAAACGAGAUCGAUCUGGAGAAGUAUGUGUUCAAUUCGGAAGCCCAUCCACUACCGAUAAGGGAAGUGUAAGGCAUUGGGAGGGAUGUCCCUUCAAACACUGCGUGCAAAUGACACAAAAGAUUUUAUUUAUAUGUUACGCUACGUUUUUUUUAACCACCUAGCUGGUUGUGGCGCUGUGGGCGCAAAUUUCCCCACGAAGGUGCUUCUGAAAAGACGAUAUUAGUUAGAGAGAAUGAACCUUCUUAAGAUUCCUUUCGUAUCUUAACGAAACGCAAUAGUAAAUGGGUGGGAUUAAAAUGUUCGUUUAGUGAGUAUGUUCGACGAUGAUGCGCCAAAACAAAGAAUGAGUGUCACCGGCACCAUUGCUUUGGGUAGAUCGAUCGCUUUUGACAGCGUGCCGUUGUAAAUAUGUGUACGGGGAUUUUAGAUAUCAAUAGCUGGUUUCCUGCGGCUGAUUGUAGCCCACGGGUACGAACACUGCGAACCACUUAAUUAAAUGUUACCAAAAAUGCAGCCGGCGUGUAGAGCUUCGCCGAUUUGUACGCCUUGCACGAUACGACAACACAUUCCCGAGCACGGUUUUCCUUUUGUACUUCUGUGUCCCCUAAAGUACUUUAUACAUUUCCUCUCCACCCCCUUAUCUGUCUCCACUGUCUUUCAUUUCCUAGCUUUCUACUUUCCUGGCGUUUCUCGCAAAGAUAAUACACUGGCGAGCAAUUGCACCAGCGCCAAUCGGUCGUCAAAAAUCGAACGAUUUAAAAGCUACAAAUUACUAGCGCUAGUGAUAGGAGUUUGAUUUCGAUUCCUUAUUCUCAUUCGUGCACACUGGUUUUCUAGUCCCUCGGUGGUAACGUAGCGAAAUAAAGUUCAACUUAAGGAUGAACCGAAAGCGAAAGAGAUUUGAUUAAGACUUAGCCACAAACAGCAACUCUUAUAGAUGGUUAAAUGAUACAAUCAUAGAUUUUUGUUUUACAUUAAGAUUAUCGAUAAACGGUUAAAUAUUAUCCACUGUCUUAAUUAACAGCCUUGUGCAAAAUUUUAGGAAAAGAAAAUGGCGAUAUUUCGGAAUAAACAAUCAAAGAGUCGUAAA